CCAUAAUCAUAUCGCGUCCAUGUCGCAUUGUACUCGUAAAUUGUACGCAGACAUAAUCAUACAUCUGCUGCAAUUGAAAAUUUACAUGCAAGCAGAUCUUGAACUCUACGAUCAACCAAAAUGUCACUUUCCGCUCUGAUAGCGCCUUUCACACUUCCACUCGCAUCUUUCUUCGCCAUACCGAUGCUGUCCUCAUGGACCACAUCUUUUAAUCUCCUCUUCUUCGCCUUUACAUAUACAACCCUUACUAGCACGCUUUCGCCUCUACAGAUCGAGCUAUAUACACCGUUGAUAAUAAGAACCAUAUUCUACAUCUUACCAUCACUCAUAUUCCUUAUAUUCGACCUUGGACUCCCAUCUCUCGCAGUCCAAUUGAAGUCAGAAGGAGAGUAUGCGCUCCCGGGCAAUCAAAGAGGAGGAAAGGCAAAGGUUCGAAAAGUGGUACUAUGGAGCCUCGUCAACAUCCUCCUCGGCGUAGGACUCCAAGCCGGCAUCGAAUUCCUCGUCACCGACGUCGCGCGAAUGAAGAGCCUCCUCCUCAUCAAAGGGAACUGGUGGAGCUUCAACCACCUACCACUCCCCUGGACGAUGGCCAAACACGCCUUCAUCGGUUUCAUCUCCAGAAACCUCCUCCAAUACUACAUCCAUCUCCACAUCCUGCACUCCCCCACCGGCGGCAAGCUCGCCCACUGGCACCAAACCUGGCACCACAGCAUCAGCGUGCCCUACGCCUUCGUCGCAAACUACGACCACCCGGCCUGCUACCUCCUGCACCGGUUCCUCCCCCUCUACCUCCCAGCCAUCCUCUUCCGCUUCCACAUCAUGACCUACUGUCUCCUCCUAGCGCUCUUCUCGCUCCUCGAUGCGUUCACGUAUUCCGGGUACAACACGCUGCCGUCGACGAUCAUGCUGGCGGGCAUGGCGCGUAGGACAGACGCCCACAUGAUGAGCAAUGGGGAUGGAAAUUAUGGACCGCUUGGGGUCAUGGAUUGGGUGCAUGGGACGACGCUGGGCGGGGAUGUUGUGGAUGAUUUAAGGGCCGAGAUGGAUAAACAUGAUGUUAAGGAGCGGACGGCGAAUGCGAUUGAUGAUGCGGGGGAGAAGGCGAGUGGGGUUGCUGGGAGGAUUAGGGCGAGAGGGAGGAAGGGGAAGGGGAGGAAGUAGGAGAGGGAAUGGGAGGUUGUGUGGGGAGGCGCGAUGGGAUGGAAUUGGUGAUGUUGGAGAUUUGUGCGGGGGACAUCGGGGUAUGUGUGUGUGUGGUUCGGGCAAUGGGAAUUGGGGCCGGGUAAGUAAUAUGGAUGGGAAAUGGGAAAUGGGAAUGCGUAAUGUGCUCAUGUUCGGAAUACCCUUACACUUACGAUAAUGUUUUGGAUCUAAAACGGCGGUGUUCGAUGGCGGUAUUAGUUAUUUAGCAACGAAUGUCUUUACAUAUGUGUUUUG